GCGCGGAAUGCGCAGGCCAAAGUUGCCAGCGUCUGCCAGAACGUCGAUGCCAGUGGUCUCGCCGAACACUAGAAACUCAAUCCAACAGCAACCCGACCACCACAACUUUCCACUUCCUUUGACAUUUGGGGUCCCAUUCCCUUAUCCACCUCACCAAUAUGUUAUAAUGUCCCGACCGCAAAGCCAUCCACCGAAAACAGAUAAUAUCAGGGAAGUUCGAUAGUAGCCGAUUCUCCGCAUCAUCACUUUCGGCACAAUCCAGUCCAUGCCACCUUUGCUCGCGCCUUGGUCCGCCGUCUGAGGAGGCAGAGCAGCUGUGGCGACUAAGAACAACUCGACCUGAGGCUCGGCGCGGCGGUGACCAUGUCUGACUCUGUUGAUCGCGUGUUCGUCCACGCCCUAGCCACCGUGCGUCGUCUACCGCGUACCGGGUCAUCCAGACCGCCACCAUCAGCUCGACUCCGUCUCUAUGGCCUCUACAAACAAUCUAUGGAAGGAGAUGUCGAAUCUAUACUACCGCGGCCCACUGUUCCCUCGGUAUCACCGGACCCGAACAACGCCAAAUCGAACAAUGUCCACCGCUACGCCUCGCGAGACCUAAGGAUACGAGAAGCAGAAGCCGAGAUUGAGAAAUGGGACGCAUGGCACAGUUGCGCGGGCAUGUCGCGCACAGAGGCUAAACGGAAGUAUAUCAGCACCUUGAUUGAAACGAUGAAGGAAUACGCCAGCGGGACACAGGAGGCCCGGGAACUGGUGGCCGAACUUGAGUUCGUUUGGAACCAGAUCCGCAGUCAGAGCGGGAGCUCGGAGGACGAGGAUGCAGAUUCACCUACACGCCGCCUCGAGCGGGCUGGAUUGAAACAGACACAGAGUUUUGGAAGUGGUAGUAUACCGCCGGGUCAUGCUCAUCUGAACCCAAGCAGUGCCGGCGGCGGAGGCGGGUUAAGCAGGCUGAAUUCGAACUCUGGUGAUCCAAAUCGGUUACGGGUCCUGUCGCCCGUUUCGCAACGAGACAGCGAUGGCAUCGUCGAAGGUGAAGAGGUGGAGGUCGAUCCGGAAACGGGGGUCGUGAUUAAUCCUACGCCUCAGCCUCAGCCUCGGCCGUCAGCGAUGACUGAAGUUGAAUGGAGACAUCAGAUCGACUCGCAUUUACGGCAGCUGUCGACCGAGAUCGCUGCCCUGCGCGAACAGUUGUCGGCUAACCAUCUUCUUUCGUCAUCUUCAUUUUCGCCGUCGUUGACGUCCAGGCGAAGACGGCUGUUUUAUAGGGUAUCUACAUGGGUGAGAUGGCUGGCUUGGGUCUUGGUCCGCCAGCUCCUCAUGGAUGCGGGACUAAUCCUGCUUGUUAUCCUGUGGGCGAGGUGGAAGGGGUACAAGGACCGCAAGGUCGAACACUGGGCCAGACGCCGGUGGCAUGAUGCCGCCCAGGCUUUGGGAUAUGUCCAGGACUGGCUGGCGCAGUCGUUACGAUCUGUGCCGGUGCCUAUACCUGGGAUAUGGAAGGGUCCGUAGUGAGGGUCAUUCCACGAGAGUUAUGCGAAUCUGAAUCUGAAUGAGAGAAAUUUUGAAUCUUUGUAUCUUUUUUUGGCCAUGCUAUUCUGAUUGUUCUUGUUCGCCUGGUAAUCAUCAUACCAUGGCUUCUACCGGAUUGUCUGUUGCAGUUAUGUAGCAUACGAGACACCAAGGCACUGGAGACACCAGGGCACUGCUUGGGAAUGGUCGCUCCGGACUAUUACUGUACUUCCCGUUUCAGGUCUAGACCUCGGGUUCCUUCUGAGGAUCUUUCGCCUACACAAGGCCCCAGGCGUAAUGGAGUACAAGUAAUCAAAUCACUGCAUAAGGUAA